CACCCCUAGGCCCCCGCGUCGCCGGCGCAGCCGCCCCAUCCAUCCGUCGUCCACCCGUCAUCGCCGCCCUUGGCACGUGCAGUGUGGAUGCGCUGGUUGAUGAAUGCAGUGUGCCAUCACUCUGCGCACGCCAUCAUAAUGGCGGACCACCACCAGCUGCCCCCGCCGUUCGCGUGCAGCAACUGCGUCACCGAGCGCGCCAUCGUCUUCUGCUUCGCCGACGGCGCCAGGCUCUGCCUCCACUGCGACGCCGCCCUGCACGGCGCCAGCCCGCUGGCGAGCCUCCACCGGCGCGCCCCGCUCUGCGACGCCUGCGAUGCCGCGCCUGCCGCGCUCCGCUGCCAAGUCGGCGCCCACCUGGCCGCGCUCUGCGCCGACUGCGCCGACCACCUCGCCCCGCCGGACGGCGGCGCCUCCCUCGUGGAAGAGUACACCGGCUGCCCCACGCCCGCCGAGAUCCUCCGCGUCCUCUCCGUCGAGGCGCCGUCGUCGCAGGAUGACUUCGACGCCUGGCUCGCCGACGUCCUCCCACAAUUCCUACAGGAGAUUCAGUGGCUGAAUUCAGUGGGUAGUGCUGCUCCGGCUAUGUAUCGAUCAAAGGGGAAUGAUAUAGAGAAGAGAGAAUGAUGACAAUAAAGUGAGUCAGAGAGAGUGUGAGUGAUUAAUGAAGGGAUAUGAGGAGUACAUUGUGACAAACAAGGAAGUGGGGAGUGUGCUAUCUUUGAUGUAAAAAAGGAAGAUUUCUUUCAUGAUACAUGUAAUGGUGGAUCGAUGAUCUAAGGAUCAUAUGAAUGAUUAAUGAAGGAUAGCAUGCAUA